UGAGCACAGAAAGGGCAAGAUAAUAUGACGCACUUACGUCAUGAAUAUGCUAAUUAGCGUGUGACGUCAUCUAGCGACAUUUAGCGACUUUUCAGGCAGGGUUUAGCUACUUUCCAUUGAAAGAAGUUGGCAACACUGCCAGCAACACCGCGGAUGACGUUGAAUAACAAAGAUGGCAGGAGGAAACAGCAACUAUUGGGAAGAUUUGCGGAAGCAGGCGAGGCAGCUGGAGAACGAGCUGGACCUGAAGCUGGUGUCCUUCAGUAAGCUGUGCACCAGUUACAGCAGCUCUCGGGACGGCCGGAGAGGAGACAGUUCGGAUACAACACCUCUGCUCUCCAACUCCACUCAGGACAGAAUGUUUGAGACCAUGUCAGUGGAGAUUGAGCAGCUACUUGCAAAACUUACAGGGGUGAAUGACAAGAUGGCCGAGUAUACAAGCACACCGGGAGUAACGUCUCUGAAUGCUGCUCUAAUGCACACUCUCCAGAGGCACAGAGACAUCCUACAGGACUACACACAUGAAUUUCAUAAAACCAAAUCAAACUUCAUGGCAAUCAGGGAGAGAGAGGAUCUUUUGGGAUCUGUGAGAAAAGACAUUGAGACAUAUAAGAGUGGCUCGGGGGUGAAUAACAGGCGGACAGAGCUCUUUCUGAAAGAACACGAGCACCUGAGAAACUCAGAUCGGCUUAUUGAUGACACAAUAAGCAUUGCAAUGGCAACCAAGGAGAACAUGACCUCCCAGCGAGGUUUUUUGAAGUCUAUACAAAGCAGGGUUAACACCCUGGCCAACCGUUUCCCUGCCAUCAAUAACCUAAUACAGAGGAUCAACUUGAGGAAGAGACGGGACUCAUUAAUUCUGGGAGGAGUCAUCGGCAUCUGCACCAUCCUUCUGCUGCUGUAUGCAUUUCACUGACGGACAGGGGAGCUAACCGACUUCUUUUGGGGGGGGUUCUGCAGAGCAGUGGAGAAGCCUUGAGAAAGGGCUCAAUGAGAGGCGGACCAUUGGGGCCACAAAGCAGAAGCCCACCUGGCCUAGUCUGGUAACAAGAUUGAUUGUGGCCAGCAUGGACCUUAUUUGUAUUUAGCAUUGGGAGGGGUUUAGCUCUAACAGCCUUUUUUGUUUCUGUGCUACAAACAAUGCGCUGUUCAGAUGUGAACCGGGACCCGAGACCAAAUUACUAACAGGAAUAGAUUUCAAUGUGCAUAUUAUAACACAGUGGCUUUGAGACAAGAGCGAUGCUGUGAAGCAUCAACUUUGCGUUGUGCUGUUCCUGUAUAUUAUUAAUCAGAAGAGGGUUUUAAUUUGAUGAUCCUUUUAGUAAGAGGGUUUCUCAUCAUGCUGUGUACUUUGUGAAUUAAUAAAUUAUUCAUAUACAGGAUAUUAAAAAUGUGUGUCAAACACUAGAGGCCCCGUCCUCUAAAGCUUCUGUUUUUUAGAUAUUUCUAAACUCUCUCAUCGAUGACAUUUUACACUGGUGAAGGCAGUCCAAAAAUAAAACACUUGCAUUGCAGCAA